GGGUACCGAAUUGAUUUAUAUCACGCCUACCUUCCUUUGGCGUGUGAUUGCGGAAGAGCCGUUACCUGGUUACAGGGGAGUGAUGGAGCACUGAGUAAGGCAAUCUUCAGGACUCCACAGAUAUGAGAGUUUCUCUCGCGCCCACCGAGUCAAAGCCAGCAGCAUCUCCGGAGCGCGCGACAAACAGCUCGUCCACGAAAAGCUGAUUAACCUCUUAAUUAAGUUACAAAUAUCACCACGGACAGUCUCAAGUUUGGCAUAUUCCCAGUUAGAAGAAGCAAGUUGGUCGACAAAUAUUGGUGUAAGCACAGAGGUCUUUGCGGACCAAUUUUCCCACUACUCCAAGUAUCAUUCAACACCUGCCCCCUUCCUGCGGUUCAGUACACAGGCUCCCUGCUCACAGUAUUUUUUUAGGACAAUGGCCCCCAGCUGAAGGCAGUGACGGAAAGAGACUGAGAUGGAGCUGACCUCAGUAGACGCCUCUGCUGUGCUGGGCAUAUGGGGCAGUGGCUCCAUUCCUGGUUUCCUCCUUAAUGAGAGCAUUCUCAAUGACACUUGCUUCCUCAAUACUUCAAACUGCACUAAUGGAAGUGAUGCAGCGAACCGAGCAGGAACAAGCAUGGCAGGAAUCCUCAUUCCUCUUAUUUACAUCAUUGUCUGCAUCGUUGGCCUGGGAGGAAACUCACUGGUCAUUCACAUAGUCCUGCACUACUCCAAGACAGAGUCAGUGACCAACAUCUACAUCCUGAAUCUAGCUAUAGCUGAUGAACUUUUCAUGCUGGGCCUGCCGUUCCUCGCUGUGCAGAACGCCAUGCACUCCUGGCCCUUCGGCUCAUUCACGUGCAGAUUAGUCAUGACCGUUGACGGCAUUAACCAGUUCACCAGCAUUUUCUGCCUCACUGUGAUGAGCAUUGAUCGCUACCUGGCCGUGGUUCAUCCUAUUCGGUCCUCCAAAUGGAGGCGACCACAGGUGGCCAAGGCAGUGAAUGGAACAAUCUGGGCGGUCUCCUUUUUGGUAGUCUUGCCUGUUGUGAUUUUUGCAAAUGUGCAAAGGGAAGGAGGCAUCUGCAACAUCAUAUGGCCAGAGCCAGCCAACAUCUGGGGAGCAGCAUUUAUAAUCUACACCUCCACAGUUGGCUUUUUCUUUCCCUUGCUAGUCAUCUGCAUGUGCUAUCUCCUAAUCGUGAUCAAAAUUCGCAGCUCGGGAAAGAAGGUUCAUGCCACUUCAACCAAACGGCGCAAAUCGGAGCGCAAAGUCACGCGAAUGGUGGUGAUAGUAGUGGCUGUGUUUGUUUUCUGCUGGAUGCCGUUUUACGCCCUCAACAUCAUAAACCUGGUUGAAUCGCUGCGUGAUGAGCCCCAAGGUCUGCAUCUUUUUGUGGUGGUAUUGUCUUACGCUAACAGCUGUGCUAACCCUAUUGUGUAUGGCUUCCUUUCGGACAACUUCAAACGGGGAUUUCGAAAGGCUCUGUGCCGUUCAACUCGAAGGGUCGAGAACCACGAACCCACCAAGCAGCAGAAUCAAGAGGAAGGAAGAAGAGUGCUGAUGCCCAGGGAAAGCCUUAGAAGAACAGUCAGAGAUGAAGAGGAUGAGGAUGAGGAAGAGUACAGGGAGGAAGUGACUGAGAUGACAGAAAUCUGCAGGAUUACUCAGAACGCAAAUGGAAACGGACAGCCUGAAAGUACACGAGCGCUUUUCUUAGAGAGACCCUCUGGUACAGGGGUUUCUGAGACAUGUUCCCCAGACAGGAGAGGCAUGGGAGUGGAUGUUCUUGGUAAAGGACCAAGCUUUGGACCUGCUGCAACCCUGCUGAAUGGGGCUAAAAAUGGGAAUGUGAAAACUCUGCCAGAGGAACCGGUGGAAAAGAACGCCUCACUGGAGAUCAGCUACUUGUAAACCUGUGAUCAGCUGGGAAAUCUGUAUUAUUGUACAUGCCUCCUUGAACUCUAUGCGGUUUGUAUUUACUGCCUCUCCUGAAGUUUAUCAACUCGUCCUCAUGUCUGAAUUUACUAAGAAAUGUAGGGGUGCACGAUAAAUAAACGCUGAUAAUGAACGUGGAUUUGUGCAGCUUGUCAGUUAACAACAGCUCUGUGUACAGCUGCUCUAUGUGAAAUCACGCACCUGAUGGAAUUUACCACUGAUUAGAGAACCGGAUUUGAUGACGAGAUGCACAGUAAUUAUCGGCCGAUAUUUAUCUUGCACCCCUAAUGAAAUUUCCUCCUAGUGAUUAGAUUUGUUUAGUAGGGUAGUAUACAAUCUGAAAACUGUUUGAAAAGUCACAUUGAAUUUUGCCUUACUUAUAGGUCUUGGCAAAUCAAAACAAGGGUCAUCUGCAGCAUUCAAUGGUAUCAGUACCUAUAUGGGACCAGCAUCACAAUAUGUGAAGCAUCUAUGUGCCUUUUUCUAAAUUUGUUUAGGAGAUCUAAGUAAUGCAAUGAAUCCAUGGCUACGACUGGGCACUAGAUCAACAAGUACAUUUACAUGCACUUAUGCUCGAUUACACCUGUGCAUGUGAACAUACUUAGUGAGAUUGUAGCAUAUUUACUAUGUGAUAAAAAAAAUAAUAAUAAUUGGACAAUAUUUUGUAUAAGGGAACAGGUGUCCUUGUAGUUUUCAGCUUGUAGCUUUCUCUAAAUAUAUUUGUAUGUGCUUUUUGCCUUACUUUGUUUGUAAAAGUAUUGUACACUAAUUGAAGGCUGUUACUAACAGGUCUUCACACUCUACAUACACAAAAUUGACUUGUCAUUAUUUAUUCAAAAAUGAUGAAUUUUUAUAGACUCUUAAUGUAGCCUUCAUGUAUACAAUAACAAUUUAUAGUGACUAUGUCCACGGGCCUGUACAAUGAAGCUGGAUUAGCAGGCUAGCCAGGAAAGUUUCAGGUCAUUUUGCACCAAUCCUGGGUUUUAGGUACCAUGUAAGUGGCUUGGCUUUUAGCGGCAUUCACUUCCAUAGUAACUUACACUCCAAGGCUAACCUGCUUCAGGGCAGGUUAUGUUCUGGGUUAGAGAGCUCAAACUGAAUGUGGACCAAUCAGAUGUGAGAAAUGUGACACAUGUCUGACACAGAGUCACUCCCCUGUUUUAUCUUGCGCCAAAUUAAAGGUCACUAAUGGCAAAAACAAAACAAAACACUGCCUUUAAUGGUA